AUUUGCGGUUUCAUUAAUUUUUAAGACGCCGUUUGACAAAUGCAUGUGCAACAAGAUAUGUUUUCCAAGUGCUGCUACAUUAGCUGACCGUUAUAAAGAAAAGAGUUAGUGGGCAUAUGAUGGUCUGCACGUUGUUCCAAGAGUUGAAUAUAAAUUGUUUGAUUCAUGGCAUCAUCACAUCACUAUCAAUCAUGGGAAACUGCAUUCACACAUUGCUCUGCAAGCAUGGAAACAAAGUUACAGAUGUCUGGUCGGAUGAUGAGGCAUCAACAGAGAAGGCCAAGGAGUCACCUCAGGAUGCAACUGAGAGCAAAACUGGGAGAAGGCGGUGCAUAAAGAUCACUCUGACAAGGAAACAGCUCGAGCUGCUGCUGCGACAAAAUCCUCAAGGCGUUUCGUUUCAGCGGAAAUGGAAGCCAUCUUUGCAGACAAUAGUAGAGAAGAUGUUGUGACUGCUAAUAUGUAAAGUUACAGUUCUUGUAAUGGGUUUUUUUUGGCUUCAACAUCUUCUCCUUAAUUCUCUCUCUGUUCACCGAGUUCAAUCACAAGUAAUGGAGAUCCAGGCAAGGCUAAUGGAAUACAGAUUCCAUUUCAUGGUAGCAAUCAUGGUGAGCGUGGUUGUGGCGUCUCUCGUGUAUGCAGCACCAAGGAUUGUGAACAUUUUAGCUUAUUUCUGGCCUCUGUUUGCGUCAACGGCCGCCUUCUUAGCGGUGGCAAUCACCUUCGGUGGCUUUCAACAGCUUUCAGAAGAAGCCACCGGCGAGAGACUGAUGGAUUACGUCGCCGGAAGGCCUGAGGAUUCUCACAAGUACGAUUGACAAAGAUUUGCACACAAGUAUCCAUCUUAAAGAGCUUUUAAAAUGUACAUGAUUUGGUGUAACUGAUAUGUCAAAUAAAAAUGUGAUU